GCGUGACGCUCGCCGAGAGGGGGCGGGGUUUCGGGAACGCGUGCGCGGAGUGUAGCUGUGGCGACGCCUGCCCCACCUCUCCAGCGGUCGUCGCCAUGGAGGACGAGGACUGUCCCGAGCUGGUCCCCAUCGCGGUGCGAACGCCGGGCGGGGCCGGGGGAGGAGGGGACCGGAGCCCCUCGCCCGGCCUCGGCGCCAGGAUCCCGGUCACCGUCAUCACCGGUUACCUAGGUGCUGGGAAGACGACUCUUCUUAAUUAUAUUUUGACAGAGCAGCACAACAAAAGAAUAGCAGUUAUUCUAAAUGAAUUUGGGGAAGGAAGUGCCUUGGAGAAAUCCUUAGCCAUAAGCCAAGGUGGAGAGCUCUAUGAAGAAUGGCUUGAGCUCAGAAAUGGCUGUCUCUGCUGUUCAGUAAAAGACAAUGGCUUGAAGGCUAUUGAGAACCUGAUGCAGAAGAAAGGAAAGUUUGACUACAUACUGUUAGAAACAACUGGUUUAGCAGAUCCAGGUGCUAUAGCCUCCAUGUUUUGGGUUGAUGCUGAAUUAGGUAGUGACAUCUAUCUGGAUGGUAUUGUAUCUGUUGUUGAUGCUAAGUAUGGAUUGCAGAGUUUGAAGGAGGAGAAGCCCGAUGGCCUCAUCAAUGAAGCAGCUAGGCAGGUUGCACUGGCUGAUCUUAUAAUCAUCAAUAAAACAGAUUUGGUUUCACAAGAAGAACUGAAUAAAAUAAGAACAGCUGUCAGGUCAAUAAAUGGACUUGUCAAAAUUUUAGAAACUCAAAGGUCCAGAGUUGAUCUCUCUGAUGUCUUAGAUCUACAUGCUUUUGACAGCUUAUCUGGAAUAAGUUUACAGAGAAAGCUGAAGCACGUACAGAAAACACAUUCACACCUAGAUAAGAGUAUUGUUACAGUUACGUUUGAAGCAGUAGGAAACAUAACUGAAGAAAACCUAAAUAUAUUUAUGCAGAAUCUUUUGUGGGAAAAGAAUGUGAAAGACAAAACUGGAUACCCCAUGGAAGUCAUAAGACUCAAGGGAUUGGUGUCUAUUAAAGAUGCAUCUCACCAAGUGAUUGUCCAAGGUGUCCAUGAACUGUAUGAUCUAGAAGAGACUGCAGUUGGCUGGAAAGAGAAUGAAGAGAGAACAAACAGAUUGGUUCUAAUAGGCAGGCACUUGGAUAAGGAUAUUCUUAAAGAAGUAUUUAUAGCCACAGUGACAGAGAAGCAGGAAAACAGUUGACAUGAUAUUACAGAGAUGAUCAUUAACACUGCAGAGUCUUAUAAUAAAAGAUUGACUGACUGAUUGAUGUGCAGUUAUUAUAGUUUUUGCUGUUGUAGUUUAUACAACUGUUUAAAUCUCACAUUAAGUCCUAAUA